GUUUGUGCUUCAAGCUGCCCAAAACAACAUCUGUAUGAAACACUGCACACGCUCUUCACUGAUGCUCAUUUCACUAAAUUCACUUUCAAACUGUUUCUGAAACACACAGAGGACGAGUUUAAUCUUUUAUCAGCUUUUCCACUUAAACGAGGCAUUAAAUGCACACGCGGCUUUGUUCAGUGGCUGAUGCUCGCCUUGAGUUUGAUCUGACCGGGGCAAAACAAACAUUUCCUCGCCGCGUGUUUUAGUCUCCACAGAAAGCCAAGAACCUCUGCUUGGUGCUCACUUUGUUUCUACUGCGCCAAACUAUUUUAGCACUCGAGUUUUGCUCUUAAAUGUAGGAGAAGAAAACACAAGCGCGAGCGGCUCGUUGAGGCGCGCAGACACAGAGCGGGCGGGUUGAGUCUGUAAGGUUCUCAUGUGUUAAAUAAGAGCGCAGCGCCGCUCGACUGCUGCUUAUUGCUUAAACUAGAGAGCGUCUGAUUUACUGUAGAUUUACACACAGAAAGAAAGAUGGCAGAAACCGCUCCAGCUGCUGCCGCGCCGCCGGCCAAAGCACCCAAGAAGAAGUCUGCAGCUAAAGCCAAAAAAGCAGGUCCAGCUGUCGGUGAUCUGAUCGUUAAAGCCGUGUCUGCGUCCAAGGAGAGGAGCGGCGUGUCUCUCGCAGCCCUGAAGAAAGCUCUCGCUGCCAGCGGCUACGACGUGGAGAAGAACAACUCCCGCAUCAAGCUCGCCAUCAAGAGCCUGGUGACUAAAGGCACCCUGCUGCAGGUCAAAGGAACCGGCGCCUCCGGCUCCUUCAAGCUCAACAAGCAGCAAACCGAGACCAAGAAGAAGCCGGCGAAGAAAGCGGCUUCUAAAGCGAAGAAGCCCGCGGCCAAGAAACCCGCUGCUGCCAAGAAGCCCAAGAGCGCAGCGGCAAAGAAGCCCGCCGCUAAGAAAUCGCCCAAGAAGGCCAAGAAACCCGCUGCAGCCGCUAAGAAGACGACGAAGAGCCCCAAGAAGGCGAAGAAGCCCGCAGCGCCUAAGAAAGCAGCCAAGAGCCCCAAAAAGGCCAAGACUGCCAAACCCAAGGCGGCAAAGUCUAAAGCUGCCAAGCCUAAAAGAACAGCUCCCAAGAAGAAGUAAAAAACAGUUUUAUUC